ACACAGGUGUUGGACUUGGAUUGGAUUGGAUGUCCGGUACGGUACUACUCUGGUCUGGGUUCACAAUAUAUCAGGGAAGAAAAGUCGAUGCCAAAUCAUUCAGGAAGGGUAAAUAUCUUAAGAAAAUAUCAGGAUGGCGUGCAAUCAAUUUUCCUUAAUUUCCAAGAAAAUUCUGCUCAUCACAAGUCACAGCUGAUCGUCUGAGUCGAGAAUGGAGAGUACAACCCCCAAACUCCCAAACGACGUGAUCGUCGAAAUCCUCACAUGGCUCCCGCUCAUGUCCCUCUUGAAAUUCAAGUGCGUUUGCAGGUCAUGGUUUUCCUUAAUUUCCACCCGCCACUUCGCCAUGUCCCAUCUCAGAAAAUCCAGACAAGACUUAGCUUCCUCGUCCCAUAGGAUUAUCCUAAACUGUCGCGGCGGCACACUUAAACACUGCUCGCUCCCUUCCAUUUUGCGGGAUCCAGCUGCUGAAGCAUUCGACACAGAUUAUUCAUCCCCGUUCGCGGGAGAUUUCGUUUGGGUGGUGGGUUCUUGCGACGGCCUGGUUUGCCUUGCUGUCAAUAGAAAACAUUUGAUCUUGUGGAAUCCUUCCACAAGAAUCCGCAAGCAGCUGCCUGAUUCCGGCGUGGACAUUAGCUUCCGUAGCUACGUGACUUAUGGCUUUGGGCAUGAUGAAGCAAGCGACGAUUAUAAGGUUGUCUUCUUCAACAUCAACAGCCACUUGUCUGAGGCCGUGGCAAAGGUCUAUUGUGUGAGGAAUGAUGAUGAGUGGAGAAGCCUCGAGAGUUGCAGUAGCUCCUCACUGACGGACGAUCCUGCUUCAUUUGUUCAUGGGAAGCUACAUUGGAUGACGACUUCGGAUAAGGACAUCGUCUUUGUCGAUUUAGCGACUGAGGAGAGUGGGACAUUGAAGCUACCUAGUUAUGUUAGAAUUGAACACUAUUCGAGGUUGGGAGCGUCGGAGGGCAGCCUCAUUGUGCUCUGCAGCAAUCAAACUCAUGCGGAUGUGUGGAUUAUGGAUUAUGAGGCAUCGGCUUUGUCAUGGACCAAGGCAGCUAGCAUCCCUUGCUUAGAUGAUUUUCUAAGGUUCUCUUAUAAGAGGGUUUUGUAUGUGCUGAAAGAUGGGGUGGUUGUGUUGGAUUGUGGUCCUAGGAUUGUGAUAUUUGACUUGAAGAAUGGCUCAGUUAGGGACGUUGAGCUUCGAAACUGCAAUGGAGGAUUGCGUGCAUCCUUGCUUUACAUUGAAAGUUUAGUUUCGCCGGUCAGCUUCAGAAUGAAUGUGUAGUUUAAAGAGGAUGACCGAAUCGUAUAUAAAUGUGUAUAUUUAAAGAAUGUUAGGACAGGGCAGGGGGAGGAGGUGGUUGUAGCACCUGUAUUGAUGAUGAUAAUCUGAGGAGAAUCCUUGGCAUCAUGUAUCUUUCUC